CAACUCAUAUCUUUUGUCCAGCAGGAAGGAGUCAACAUGGAAAACAACAUAAUAAUAGACACUGACUGUGGGGUGGACGACACCUUCUGUUUAGCAAACUUUCUCUCUCUUCACCGAGCUAAACGAUGCAAGGUGCUAGGAAUAACGACAGUGUGUGGAAACAUACCGACCGAAAGUGCCUACCAAAGUACCAACAUGCUCGUGAAGGAGGUACUGAAGGUGACUGACGUGCCCGUGUUCCGAUCUGCUAGUUCUGAGUUUAACGACACUCACGCCUCCUUCUUCUACGGGACUGAUGGCCAUUGCGGAACCCUAAAGAAGCAAUCAACCCGCCACUUUGACUGUUCGGACACCUCAUCAGAGCAGUUCCUCCUGGAGCAACUCACAACUAGAAGCAAUGUUACUAUCAUAGCUAUAGGACCCCUCACAAACCUCCACAGAAUAGAGGAGAUCUCACCAGGCAUUCUGAGCAAGUGUAAAGAUAUCAUCAUUAUGGGAGGAGCGAUUUACGAACCAGGGAACUGCCCAAAAACCAACAUGGCCUCCGAGUACAACUUUGGUAUGGACGGGAAGGCAGCGCAGUGUGUACUGAGAAGUGGGGCUAAGAUAACACUGUUCCCUCUUGAUAUUACUCAUACUAUUAGAUUCGAUAUCAAUACCCUUAUCAGCAGGGCAUCACAAACAAAACAGAAAGAAUUCUACAAGGAUUGCAUCGAGGGAACCUUCAAAGCGAUGGUUUUCUACGGUGAAUCGAAGCCAGAAGACAGGAGACUGACAAUACACGACGUUCACUGCUACGUUUACUAUAUGAACCCUGAACUUUACACAGUUGAGGAUAUGUACCUAAACGUGGAGGACAAUGGACGGGUAGUAGACGCCAAAAAGGAAGACAACAAGAGCUGUGCUAAAGUAGCCUUUACAGGGGUAGAUACCCAGCAGAUAACGGAACUGGUGCUGAUGAUGUUCAACUAAGUAAUAUAAGUUACUAAGUUAGCAACUAUAGAGACAUAGAGUUAUGGACCUCGUGACAAGAGUUAGGAAUAUUUUAAACAUCAUUAUUAUAGAUUAAAAUAGAAAGAACUCAGAUUAUACCAAAGACAUUGAACAGGUAUCAUAAUAUAUUAUAAUGCGUACUUUAUACUUGUAUAGCUGAAUCAGCUGAUAUAGGAAUGUUUCAUGAAAUUUAAAAUGA